CCGACCAAACACUAAAAGAAGCUUCCAAAACGAGAUAAUAAAAUUAGGUACACUCUCAACUCUAAUCUUUGGCCUUUUUUCUCAAGAAAUUCUAUUGGUCAUACACACCAUUAAAUUUUGUACCUAUAAAAGAAUAUAAGAAACAAGUGAAAGGUUUGGUCUCAUUAUAUUGUCUUUGUUAAUUCAAUGUUGAACAUGCAACAAGUUGAUAAGAGAAAGAUGGUGGUGGAAGAAGGAGAGGCAUUGGUGGCAUGCAGUGACAAAAGCAUGAGAAUUGGGGUGACAAUAUGGGAUAUGGAAACAGGAGAAAAGAUGCUUCACAUACCAACAUGUGCUUCACCACCUUUAGGUAUGUUAUGCUUAAGAAAUCGAUUUCUCGUGGCAUCACAAUUGAACAAACAUGGAUCUGUAGGUGGAGGAGCCAUUGUUGUCUGGCCCUUGAACAAGCCGCAACAACCACUUUUGAAUUACACAGUGGAGGCCAUUGGGCCACUUUCUUGCACAAAAGAAGGCAUAUACCUUGUGGGAGGUGCUUUAUCUGGAACUGCUUAUAUCUGGGAUGUGACUAGUGGAAAAUUGUUGAAGACUUGGACAGCUCAUUAUAAAUCUGUAGACCACAUAAUAUUUUCUAAUGAUGAUUCUCUUCUUAUUUCUGGGUCAAUUGAUGGUAUGAUAUGUGUUUGGUCCAUGAUAAGUUUGCUAGAUGUGGAAGAAACAGAAAGCUCGAAUCCUUUAUUACAUUGUUUGUCGGGGCACAUGUCCUCCAUAACAGGUCUUUUAGCUACAACUUGCAGUUGCUUUUCAAUUUUAAUAUCAAGCUCUCUUGAUGGAACAUGCAAGGUUUGGGAUUUCAUCACUGGAAGACUUAUGCAGACUCAAGGUUAUCCUUUGGCAAUAACUUGCAUCACACUUCACCAAGGAGAACAUAUUUUGUUUUGUGGUGCAAAAAAUGGAACAAUAAUUGUCAACAUGCUUGAUAUUGGUUUGGAACAAGGUCCUAAUUUCAUGAUUAGAGAAGACAAAUCACUUGAAUUGACAGGACACAUGGGAGCCAUUACUGCAAUGGCAUCUAGUCGGACAUGCCUAAUAUCGUCUUCUGAAGACUGCACAAUCUGCAUAUGGGAUGUGAUCGGUUGGACAAUCACUCGAAGAUUCGAUCUUCAAAAAUCAGGGAAAGUAACUAAUCUCGUCGUGAUACCUCGGUCUCCAGCAUUCUCCGCAUCGAAUAACACGAGAGAGCUCAAACGAUAUAUCGUUUCUCCAUUGGAUAAGUGUCCUCUGCAGAUCAGCAGAUACAAGGAAACUACCACUCUUCUUUCUUUGUGUCGCCUCUUCAAAGAAAAACAAACUUACAUUGAUUUAAGAAGCACUGGUUUAUUGAGACAAAAUAUGUUUGGUUCACAGAAAACAGACAUGCCUAUGACCAUGACCAUAGAAAUGAAAGUGGAAACAAAUAUAGAGAAUCGUUCAUGGGGAAUAAAGAUGGCAAAACAUGUAAUAGUGAUGAAUAGACAGUUGAAGUCACGAUUGUUGGACAUGAUACGUUGCAGAUUGCUUUGUACAAACAAAAUUCACUCUCAAAAAACAGCUAGAAAGAAGCUCAAAAUUAAGAGUAUUUCAUUGGAAGGGGAAAAUUAAAAACCUUAUAGCUUCAACUUGUUUAUGCCUCGGACGUAUUUCAAGAGUUGUUGUUUAAAUUUUGUCCAUGGUAAUUGAUGUCUUGAUUUAUUUAUUUAUAUAUAAAAUGAUGGAAAUUAUGCAGUAGCCAUGUCACUGAGAGAGUGUUAAA